AUGGCUCUCAAAGUCUUCACCACUGAAUCCAUUGGUGCGCAGAGAAACCACAUUGCCAUCUACAUCGAAACCGAUCCAAGCGAAGACAGAGGCUGGCUGCACCAUGUCACCGGAACAAUCCUGAACGGCAUGGAUUACACACCCAGGCCAACCCCUAACCCGGAGGUGCUACCAGAACAUGUGCCAGACUCAAAGAAGGAGAUUGGAACUAUCGAGGAGGCUGAUCUAGAGAGGUUCCGGGAGGAAUGCUGUCUAGCAGUUCCUCCCCCGCGGGCCCAGGUGACGCUCAAGGGAACGCGACUGAGAUGGCUUUCAGGAAGGGGAUCUUUAAGUCCCUGUGAUGGUCUGCGGUUCCAUACACGCCAUAUCAGAGUUAGGACUCAUAUGUUGGUAUCUAGAUAG